AUGGCCGCACAGAAGCCGAUAGAGCAGAAUAACUUGGAAAUUAAAACUAAAAGCAUCGAACAGACUCUAAUCCCGCUAGUGAAACAGAUCUCGACGCUGGUGGCGCACCGGGAGCGCGACCGCGAGCGGCCGCUAUGCUCGGAGCGCAGCGUGCGGGCCGUGGCGCGCGUCGGCCAGGCCGUCAACCUGGCGGUCGAGCGCUUCGUCACCGUCGGCGAGACCAUCGCUGACGACAACCCCGACAUCAAGGCCGACAUGUACGACGCCUGCAAGGAGGCGCGCGCCGCCGGAGCGGCGAUCGAGAAGCUGUGCGAGGCGGCGGUGUUGGAGGACUCGCUGGCGGACCGCGGCGCCGUGGUGCGGGCGGCGCGCGGGCUGCUGGCGUCGGUGACGAGGGUGCUGCUGCUGGCCGACGUGGUGGUGGUCAAGCAGCUGCUGCUCGCCAAGGACAAGGUGGCGCGCAGCCUCGGCCGCCUCGAGGGUGUCACCAACUUCACAGAGUUCGUCAAGGCGUUCAGCCAGUUCGGCGCCGAGAUGGUGGAGCUGGCGCACCUCACCGGCGACCGCCAGAACGACCUCAAGGACGAGAGGCGGCGCGCGCAGAUGGCGGCCGCGCGGCAGGUGCUCGAGCGCUCCACCAUGAUGCUGCUCACCUCGUCCAAGGCGUGCCUCCGGCACCCCGACUGCCCUUCGGCGCGCGAGAACCGCGACACCGUCUUCUGCCAGAUGCGCCGCGCCAUGGACCUCAUCCACUACGUCGUCAAGGACGGCGUGCUCGACUCGGCGGCGCAGCUGGCGCGGGCCGGCGCAGCUGCCUCCGGCGCCUCGCCCGUGGGGCCACCCGUUCCCUCCGAGGAGGACUGGGAUGCUAGUCGGACUGUGUCUGGUGCGCUAAAACACUUCGAGGACCUGGUGGAAAUGACGCGACUGACACUGCUUGGACCUGGCUGCAAGGAGCGCCUUACAGCGGCACUCGAUGCAGUCGUGGAACGUACGCAAGACUUCACGGACUCAGCGUACACCAGUCACGAGCAUCGUGAGAGCAUCCUCUUACUCUGUGAUCGGGCGAAACUUGAGCUCAACCAGCUGUUACGUGUUGGUGUCAGUCUGGAACAAUGUGAAGGCAGUUCACCUACAAGUGAAAUGGAGAGUGCAGUAUGUGGCGCAAUUCGUGCUGCACGUGACAUGGGACACCAGUUGCGACAGACAACUCUGGAACAAGCAGCAGAACUGCCAGCUGCACUACGGGGUGCACACGACACAGUUGCAGCGAUACGCAAUGCUGCACUUGCAGCUGAUGCUGACCGCCUACAAGAUUGCUCUGAUCGCUUCACUGAAUGCCUUGACCACAUUCUUGAGGUGUGCAAGCUUCUCAGACAUAUAGCAGUUACCGACACUCUUCAAGUUUCUGCCAAGUACACAGAAAUUAAUUUGAGGAUAUAUGGACCACAAGUUAUAACAGCUGCUCACACUUUGUCUUUGCACCCAACAUCAAAAAUAGCAAAGGAAAAUCUUGAAGUGUUUGCAGAUAUGUGGCAGGCUUUAGCAUCGGAUGUCCAGACUGUUUCAAAAGAAAUUGUGGAGCAGUGCCAGGGGCGACAAUCUGGAAAACAGGUGUAUAUGUCCUUACCAAGACCAGGGAAACAUGGUACAACCAGCAAACCAUUAAAACCUGUGAGGUUAGAUUCAGAGGAACAGGCCAAGAUAGCAAAAACUGGUUUGGAAAUGAAACUCAUAUCAUCGGAGAUGGAUGCUGAGACAGACAAGUGGCAGGAAAGUGGAUCAGCGCUGGAAGAGAACAACGACAUUGUGAAGCGUGCCAAAAAUAUGUCUUCCAUGGCAUUUUCCAUGUAUCAGUUCACAAGAGGUGAAGGAGCGUUAAAGACAACACAAGACCUCUUUACACAGGCAGAAUACUUUGCUGAGGAGGCAAAUCGCUUGUAUAAAGUUGUAAGACAGUUUUCAUACCAGGUUCCAGGUGGUCCUCAUAAGAAGGAACUACUUGAAAAUUUAGACAAGGUACCAACCUAUGUGCAGCAGCUUCAGUUCACGGUGAAAAACCCAACUGUGGGCAAAGCUGCUACGUUCACAAAGGUUGAUAAUGUUAUCCAAGAAACAAAAAGUCUUAUGGACUGCAUUUCUAAAGUGGUGACAACUUGCUUUGUUUGUGCCACAAAGUACAACUUGGAUUUCCGAGGCCUGUCUUCCCGUGGCACAUCCGGGUCUCCAUUCCGCGACGAGGAUGGGACAGGGGCCGGAGCUGGGGGUGAGGGAGGCAAGAUGGGUGGUGCCCCUGGCUCCGAUCCCUCCAUCUGACAGUUCGGGAUGGCCCGAAGGGCCAAGGGCGACGCGCGCCGUACCAGGGUGUCUUUCCUUUUGUUCUGAGGCCCUGCUGCGGCCUGCCAAGGAAAUCAGCAGGCAGUACGUAAGAGAGGCUGAGACUGGAGCCUGCUGCCAGCACUGCUCCUUCAGAUGAAAUACUAAGCCAGCUGAUAUUAUCAAAUUGCCAAUUCUUGGCAAGCACUUGUAGGUGUUGCUAACAUAUGAGACUAUGAAGAACAUUUGUUUCUGUGGGCUUACAUCAGGAUAAGAGACAAAAAUGUAUAUGUUACAUUCUCAGGUUUUGGCAUUUGACAUCUUCCAUUAAAGGCAGAAACUAUCUCUCUGCCUUUGAUAUAGUGUUUGGUAUCACCCCUGAAACUUGUAUACUUUUUUAUGCAAGGAUGACUUCAUUUGCUUAUGUUUUUGAUAAGCAAGCCCUCUGUACCUCUCUGUUUCCCCCAACGCCCAUCCCUAUCCGUAUCCCAUACCUCUAGUUCUAGUUCUUUUAAGGGAAUCUCCAAUGAAAUUUGUGUGUGAGUUCUUACUUUGUUGUUCGUUUUGCCCAGUAGAAAGAAAUUUUUUUGUACAAAUUACAUGAGUCAUCUGUGAUAAGUCUCCUCUUCUAUAAAUUUCAGUAUUGUUAAUGAAUCCCUGCAAUAAAUAGGUUUCAUUUUCACCGUGUUAUCUGUUGACCAUUACAUAGUUUGUAACUGUGAUUAUUAUGUCUUAUUAUUUAAAUGUUGUAAAUGUAUUU